CCACACACACCCCCGUCCAGCUCGGCUCCCAGCACAAAACUCCAGCAUGGCUGACCCCUGCUGCUCUAGGACUUGUGUUAUUGCCGCGUCCACCCUGUCCGUCUGCUCCAGCGACCUGAGCUACGGCAGCCGCGUCUGCCUGCCCGGAUCCUCGGACUCCUGCCCCGACCCCUCCUGGCAGGUGGACGACUGCCCAGAGAGCUGCUGCGAGCCCCCGUGCUGCGCCCCCGCCCCCUGCCUGACCCUCCUGUGCGGCCCCUCCUCCCCCUGCCAGGGAGACUGCUGCACCCCUGCGUGCUGCAAGCCCGUCUGCUGCACCCCUGCGUGCUGCAAGCCCGUCUGCUGCACCCCUGUGUGCUGCAAGCCCGUCUGCUGCACCCCUGUGUGCUGCAAGCCCGUGUGCUGCACCCCUGUGUGCUGCGAGGACUCCCCCUGCACAACCUCUUCAUGCUGCCAGCCGUCCUGUUGCACCUCCUCCCCCUGCCAGGGAGACUGCCGCACCCCUGCGCGCUGCAAGCCCAUCUGCUGCACCCCUGCGUGCUGCAAGCCCGUCUGCUGCACCCCUGUCUGCUGCAAGCCCGUCUGCUGCACCCCUGUGUGCUGUAAGCCCGUCUGCUGCACCCCUGUCUGCUGCAAGCCCGUCUGCUGCACCCCUGUCUGCUGCAAGCCCGUCUGCUGCACCCCUGUCUGCUGCGAGGACUCCCCCUGCACAACCUCUUCAUGCUGCCAGCCGUCCUGCUGCACCUCCUCCCCCUGCCAGGGAGACUGCUGUACCCCUGCGUGCUGCAAGCCCUGCUGUACCCCUGUCUGCUGCGAGGACUCCCCCUGCUCAGCCCCCUCCUGCUGCCAGCCCAGCCCCUGCUGCAGACUCUCCUGCGUGUCCCUGCUCUGCCGCCUCAUGUGCAGGCCCUCCUGCUGCACCCCUGUGUGCUGCAAGCCCGUCUGCUGCACCCCUGUGUGCUGCGAGGACUCCCCCUGCUCAGCCCCCUCCUGCUGCCAGCCCAGCCCCUGCUGCAGACCCUCCUCCUGCGUGUCCUUGCUCUGCCGCCCCGUGUGCAGGCCCACCUGCUGCACCCCUGUCUGCUGCAAGCCCACCUGCUGCACCCCUGUCUGCUGCAAGCCCAUCUGCUGCACCCCUGUGUGCUGCAAGCCCGUCUGCUGCACCCAUGUCUGCUGCGAGGACUCCCCCUGCUCACCCCCCUCCUGCUGCCAGCCCAGCCCCUGCUGCAGACCCUCCUCCUGCGUGUCCCUGCUCUGCCGCCCCGUGUGCAGGCCCGCCUGCUGUGCCCCUGCCUCCUCCUGCUGCACCCCUGCCUCCCCCUGCCGGCCCAGCUGCUGCCGCCCGGCCUCCUGCGUGUCCCUGCUCUGCCGCCCCGUGUGCAGGCCCGCCUGCUGCGCCCCUGCCUCCUCCUGCCGGUCCAGCUGCUGCCGCCCUGCCUCCUGCGUGUCCCUGCUCUGCCGCCCCGUGUGCCCCCGCCCUGCCUGCUGUGGCCCUGCCUCGGGCCAGUUCUGCUGCUGAGCCUUCCUAGACAUCACCCAGGGUCCUCUCCGGGCAGGACGCUGACCUCAAGCCAGCUGUGCCCCCUGUGGCUUGCACAAGCGCCAGGGGAAGGAGAGCCCUCCUCCUGGCCUGGCCGCUUAUUCAGGGACCUGGGAUGCUCACCACAUCUGCCCUGACCCCAGUUGCACAAGGGCACCCAGCGGCACCAGCCCCAUGAGCUCUGGGGUGUUCCUUGUCCCCCAGCAGACCUGGCCCCACCCCAGCAGUGACAUCACCUCUGAGUCCUAAUAAAGCCUCCUCUGACUCGU